AUGGAGAAGGCUUGGAGACAAGGCUGGCCGAGCCUUGGGGAUCUCGUCCAACGGAAUGCAGCGACACGCCCGCAAGGUAGCGACAAAAAGACAUCGGCACCGAAGGGUGUGAAGCUGGCCACAGGCUACGUAGACCGAGUAAAGGAGCGAGAAUACGGGACAGACGAUAGGGAAGAGCAGCUGAAGGCACUGGAGGAGGCUCUACGGAAGGAAGAGAUGGACCGAGAGACGUACGACAAGCGCAGGUUUGAAAUCGCCGGUGGCACCCUCGACAGCACACACUUGGUCAAAGGUCUCGACUUUAAACUUCUUGACAGGGUGCGACGUGGCGAGGACGUGUACGGAAACAAAAAGACGAAGGAGAAGCAGGCUUCACGAGGGGAUGAUGAACCGAACGAUGAUGACCUUGACGAUGAGUUUUCUCAACUCGAGCAACAAGAGGUGCAGACGAUAGCAAAGGAAAAGGUGGAGAAAAGGGGGCAAAUGUCGACGGUUUCACUUGAGCCAGGGAAGAAGCGGACGAGAAACCAAAUCCUGGCAGAGCUCAAGGCCGCCAGGGAAGCGGCCAAGGCGCAACAAACGUCAUCUCUCGGAAGCAAGUUCAAAAAGAUUGGCGUCAAGCAGCAGGCCGGCACGCGGAUAGAGCGCGACGGCAAGGGUCGAGAGGUCAUGAUCAUCGUCGACGAGGAUGGCAACGAGAAACGAAAGGUGCGCAGGCUACAACCGCAAGAGAAGGAGGAGUCGCGGCGGUCACAGCAGGACAUGAUGAUGCCAGACCCAACAGCCAAGCCGCUCGGCAUGGAGGUUCCCGAGCAGUACCGACGACAAGAGGGCGUCGAGGAGGACGACGACGUCGACAUUUUCGACGAUGUCGGCGACGACUACGAUCCGUUGGCAGGAAUAGAGGAAGCGGACUCGGAUUCCGAUGAUGUUGAUGACACGACGAAGACGGAAGCGGAGACAGCGACAAAGGAAAUGGAAAACUCGGCAUCGUCGACAGAGAUGGAAUCCAUGCCUCAGUCAUCCAAGCCAGCGGCGACCCACAACUACUUCAAGGACUCCAAAACCGGUCUCUUGUCUGCACAGACGGCAACGGGCCCGUCCAUGUCGGAUCCGGAGAUGAUGGCAGCCAUCAAGAAGGCAGCGGCGCUGCGUCCAGUGGAAAGCGAGGAGGUGGCCAAGUCGAAGGAGCAGGCGGCGGCGAUGGAGGAACGGCGCAAGAAGCUGUUGGAGAUGAGCGCCAGAGACGACGACGACCUCGACCUCGGCUUCGGAACGAGCAGGUUCGAGGAUGACGAGGAUUUGGACGACGACAGGGUCAAGCUCUCGGCUUGGGGCGGCGGCGGCGACGAAGAUGGAGACGGACGCCGGGGCGGACAGGCAAAGCGCAAGAGGGGACCGAAGAAGCGCAAGGGCGACGGGAACAACGCGGCUGACGUUUUGCGGGUCAUGGAGCAACGCAAGAAGGCCGGAGGUUCAGGUCAACAAUAA